ACGUCGCUUCACGGGCUGUGUGACGUUUGCAUUAGCCGGGCAGCCACAGGAAUCCUUACAGCACUGAAUUAAACCAUGGAGACCCUCGUCAGCCUACCGUUUACUGUUCUGGAAUGCCCAAAUGUCAAACUUAAAAAACCAUCAUGGCUGCAUAUGCCUUCUGCAAUGACCGUCUAUGCCAUCGUGAUUGUUUCAUAUUUUCUCAUCACCGGUGGCAUCAUUUACGAUGUUAUCGUUGAGCCUCCGAGUGUCGGAUCAAUGACUGAUGAACACGGUCAUCAGAGACCAGUGGCUUUUCUGGCAUACAGGGUGAAUGGACAGUACAUCAUGGAGGGGCUGGCCUCCAGCUUUCUCUUCACAAUGGGAGGCCUUGGCUUCAUAAUUCUGGACCGCUCUAAUGCACCCAACAUUCCCAAGCUUAACCGUUUCCUCCUGCUCUUCAUCGGCUUUGUUAGCGUGCUACUGAGCUUUUUCAUGGCCAGAGUCUUCAUGAGGAUGAAAUUGCCUGGUUAUCUCAUGGGUUAAGGAUCAGCACCUUCAAAAUGGCAUCAACGUCUUGAAUAUCGCACACGCCACAGACAGACUGAAGAGAACGCAUCUGAAAAGUUGUUUUAGUGCCAAGGAAGACAGUCUGUUAUCAAACUGUUGUAAUCAACCAGUAUGAUUGGCAAAAUAUCCUACGUGUGUGUGUGUGUGUGUUUGUGUGGGAGAGAGAGGGAAAGUGUGUGGUUUUGUGAAAGACAUGCUACUUGUCCAGUUCGGCACUUAAGUUACUGGAUUAUGCACAAUAAUAUACAAUUUCUUCUCACCCCUGUAGAGACUUCUGUAACAACUUCUUAUUGAUGCUCUUAAAAUUACUGUUGUGGUUGUUGAAAAUCCGAUUUCCAAAAUCCAAUCAAAUUUUUGUACACUGCUUCACCAGUGGAAAAGCCUUAAAAUGUGGCAGUUAUUUUCUAUAAUAAACAAAUGUACCUUCUACAACUAUGAAUUCUUCAUUGAUUCGCUAAUCUAAUCAGUCAUU